AUGGCAAAAUACAGAAUUGUUAUGGUCCGUCACGGGGAAAGUGAAUGGAACCAAUUAAAUUUAUUUUGUGGUUGGUUUGAUGCAGGAUUAUCUGAGAAAGGUAAAAACGAAGCUAUCGCUGCUGGAAAAGCGCUCAAAGAUUCAGGCUAUCGAUUUGAUGAAGCACAUACCUCUGUGUUAACACGAGCGCAAGUUACUCUUGGAACAAUUUUGAAAGAAAUCGGCCAAGAAAAUAUUCCUAUUUUUAAAACUUGGCGUUUAAAUGAACGUCAUUAUGGUGGUCUUACCGGUAUGAACAAAGCUGAGACUGCUGCUAAAUAUGGUGAAGAACAAGUCCAGAUUUGGAGAAGAUCGUUUGAUACUCCUCCUCCACCCAUGGAAGCUGAUCAUAAAUACUAUGAUAACAUUGUAAAAGAUGAGCGCUACAAAGAUGGUCCUAAACCUGAUGAAUUUCCUAAAUUUGAAUCUCUCGAAUUGACUAUCAAGCGAACUCUGCCAUACUGGAAUGAUGUUAUUAUUCCUCAUUUAAAAGAGGGAAAGAAAAUUAUCAUUGCUGCUCAUGGAAAUAGUUUGAGAGGAAUUGUCAAACAUCUCGACCAGUUGAGUAAUGACCAAAUAAUGAGUUUGAAUUUACCAACGGGAAUACCAUUUGUUUAUGAAUUGGAUGAAAAUUUCAAACCGAUCGUCUCAAUGAAAUUCUUGGGAGACGAAGAAACAGUUAAAGCUGCUAUGGCUGCUGUUGCAGCCCAAGGAAAGGCUAAAUAA